CCGUGUUGUCUUCAACAAAAACACGCGUGUUUGGUUCUUCAUUAGGUUUCAUUCAGUUAGAGAAUUUCGGUUUAACUGGAAUUUUUUUGUGUGCAAAAUGAAGAGAAAAGGCCGCCGUAAUAAGAAGGGCACUAAUGUGAAAUUUGUCGCGCCCAUACCGGAGGAACCGACGGCGCUAAAAAAUGCACCGCACACAUUCGUUAUUCACCGGGGAGAGAGAUGCUCUUCGGUAUUGGCACUGUCAAGAGAUUUCCGCAGAAUCAUGGAACCUUUUACAGCCAGUUCGCUGCGAGAGCGUCGAGUUAACAAGAUCAAGGAUUUCGUGCAUCUGGCCGGAUUUUUCCAUGUUUCCCAUAUGUGCCUAUUUUCACUUUCGCCACAGACUCUUUCGCUCAAAGUGAUUCGAAUGCCGAGCGGGCCUACGUUGACUUUCCGGGUUACCCAGUACACAUUGGCCAAGGAUGUCAUCAGCCUAUCCAAGAAACAGUUUAUAGACGAAGAAAGUUUUCAGGUUGCACCACUGGUAAUUCUCAACAGUUUUAGCGGUGAGGGAAGACAUCUCAAGCUGAUGGCGACUACCUUUCAAAACAUGUUUCCGCCGAUAAACCUUUCUACUGUCAAACUGACAUCUCUGAAACGCUGCGUCCUCUUGUCCUACAAUCCCGUGUCCAAACUAAUCGACCUUCGCCAUUACUCGAUCACCGUUGUGCCGGUCAACCUAAACAAAGGUGUGAAGAAGGUGGUUACCCGGAAUAUUCCGAACAUGUCAAAAUUUGAAGAUAUCGCCGAUUUUGUCGAAAAAGGACACCUGCUGUCAGAUUCCGAAUUUGACGAUGAAGAAACACAUGUUAUGCUGCCCCAGAAUCUUCGUCGCGGUAAUCUUGCGGAUAAUAAAUCUUCUCUUCGCCUUCAUGAGAUUGGUCCUCGCAUAACGAUGCAAUUAAUGAAAAUCGAAGAGGAAUUAUUGACUGGGGAGGUUUUGUAUCACGAUUACAUCGAAAAGAACGCAGUGGAAGUGGAGGAAAUGCGUAAAAAGCGGGCAGCCAAGAAACGACUCAAAGAGCAGAGGAAAAGGCAACAGGAGAAAAACAAGAAAAAGAAGGAAAUUGUGAAGGUUGAACAUAAAGCGAAAACUUCCGGUGGAAAGCUCACGGACCACGAUCGGCAGCUACUCAAAGACGCAGAGGAAGCCAUAGGAAAUGAUUCCGAUGAGGAUGACAGCAAAUAUUAUCGUGAUGCGAUUGGGGAGGCGCCGGAAAAGGAACUUUUUGAGGGACAGAGCGGUAACCGCAAGAGGCCCUUCAUUCCGAAGGGAGCUAACUAUUCGCUGAAACCGAAGAAACCACGGUUGGAUAAGGGAAAAGAAUUUGAGGAGGACGAUCGGCACGAGCGUCGUCGUGGUGGAGCGAAGGGUAAAGGAAAAGGUGGUUUUAAGGACAAGGGUGGCAACAUUAAGAAAAGUGGGAAAUUUUCUGGGAAAAAAUUGGGAGGAGAUUACAAAGGAAAAUCUAAUUACAGCAAAAAGAAAGACGGCAGUGACAGGAAGAGUCAUGGCAAAUCUAAAUUCAAGCAGGGCAAGAAAAAGUGACCAACGAGCGAUGUGUAGGAACUAUAUCAACUUUGUGUAUAGGAUAAAAAUAUACCAUUGUAAAUGAUUUA